CUCUAAUUCCAAAUUCUAAAUUCCCUCCUCUCGCAAUCAACCAUGUCAUCAAUUCCGGAAGAUUUAUAUCCCAGUGAAGAAGAUUUCCUCUACGAAGAGGAAGUUCUUCGGAACCCUAAUAGCUUCAAGCUAUGGUGGCGUUACCUGAUCGCCCGGAGUGGAUCACCGUUCAAAAAGAGAUCAAUUAUCUACGAGCGCGCCGUCAAAGCUUUGCCCGGAAGCUACAAGCUUUGGCACGCCUACCUCCGCGAGCGUCUCGAGAUUGUGAGGAACCUGCCCAUCUCCCACUCGCAGUACCAGGCCCUGAACAACACCUUCGAGCGAGCUCUGGCCACUAUGCACAAGAUGCCCCGGAUUUGGAUAAUGUACCUCCAGGUGCUGACUCAGCAGAAGCUCGUUACCAAGACACGGCACACGUUCGACCGUGCUUUGUGCGCGUUGCCUGUUACCCAGCAUGACCGGAUUUGGGAGUAUUAUCUGGUUUUCGUUUCGCAGAAGGGUGUUCCGAUCGAGACCUCGUUGAGAGUGUACAGAAGGUAUUUGAAGUAUGACCCGAGUCACAUUGAGGACUUUAUCGAAUUUUUGAUAAAUUCCGAGCGGUGGCAGGAGACAGCCGAGAGGCUUUCGGGCGUUUUGAACGACGGUCAGUUUUACUCCAUAAAGGGGAAGACGAAGCACCGGCUGUGGUUAGAAUUGUGCGAUAUAUUGACUCAGCACGCGACGGAAAUUUCUGGAUUGAAUGUGGAUGCCAUCAUUAGAGGUGGCAUUAGGAAGUUCACUGAUGAAGUUGGUAGGCUGUGGACCUCGUUGGCUGAUUAUUACAUAAGGAGGAAUUUGUUGGAGAAGGCCAGAGACAUAUUCGAAGAAGGGAUGACCACAGUGAUAACUGUGAGGGAUUUUAGUGUGAUAUUUGAUGCGUAUUCGCAGUUUGAGGAGAGUAUGUUGUCUAUUAAAAUGGAGGGUUCGAAUGAUAGCGAAGACGAGGUUAAUGAGGAGUUGGAGGAGGAAGAAGAGUUGGAUGAUAGAUUGGAUAUAGAGAAGUUGACGGAGAGAAUCAGCAGUUUUUGGUUUAAGGAUGAACAUGAUGUUGAUUUGAGAUUAGCGAGGUUGGAGUAUUUGAUGGAUAGGAGGCCAGAGUUGGCAAACAGUGUGCUUUUGAGGCAGAAUCCGCAUAAUGUAGAGCAGUGGCAUAGGAGGGUUAAGCUUUUCGAAGGGAAUCCCACGAAGCAAAUUUUGACCUACACGGAAGCUGUGAGGACAGUGGACCCCAUGAAGGCUGUGGGUAAACCACACUCUCUGUGGGUUGCAUUUGCGAAGCUGUACGAAAGCCACAACGAUGUUUCGAAUGCGAGGGUGAUAUUUGAUAAGGCUGUGCAGGUUGGUUAUAAGGCGGUGGACCAUCUAGCUAGUGUGUGGUGUGAAUGGGCGGAGAUGGAGCUUAGGCACAAGAAUUUUAAGGGUGCAUUGGAACUGAUGCGUCGUGCUACUGCAGAGCCAUCAGCUGAGGUUAAGAGGAGAGUGGCUGUUGAUGGCAAUGAACCGGUUCAAAUGAAGGUUCACAAAUCACUUAGGCUUUGGACGUUUUAUGUUGAUUUGGAGGAGAGCCUGGGCACCCUGGAUUCAACUCGUGCAGUUUACGAGAGAAUAUUGGAUUUAAGAAUAGCCACUCCCCAAAUUAUAAUAAACUACGCAAUGCUUUUGGAAGAUAACAAGUACUUUGAAGAUGCAUUUAAAGUUUAUGAGAGAGGUGUGAAGAUAUUUAAGUACCCACACGUAAAAGAUAUCUGGGUCACUUAUCUUUCCAAGUUUGUCAAGAGAUAUGGAAAGUCAAAGCUGGAACGAGCUCGAGAGUUAUUUGAGCAUGCUGUUGAAAUGGCCCCUGCAGAAUCCGUCAAACAGUUAUACCUCCAAUACGCGAAGCUAGAAGAAGACUUCGGUCUUGCAAAAAGGGCCAUGAGAGUGUACGAUCAGGCUACAAAAGCUGUCCCAGCUAACGAGAAAUUAGGCAUGUACGAAAUAUACAUUUCCAGGGCAGCAGAAAUAUUUGGUGUGCCCAAAACUCGAGAAAUUUACGAGCAAGCUAUAGAAUCUGGCCUGCCAGACAAAGAUGUCAAAACCAUGUGCGUUAAAUACGCCGAACUCGAAAAAAGCCUCGGUGAAAUUGACCGUGGCCGAGCAUUGUACAAGCAUGCUUCCCAAUUUGCCGACCCUAGAUCCGACCCUGAUUUCUGGGAAAGUUGGAACAACUUCGAGGUUCAGCACGGAAAUGUAGAUACUUUCCGAGAGAUGCUUCGUGUUAAAAGGAGUGUUUCCGCUAGUUACAGCCAGACGCACUUUAUCCUGCCGGAGUAUUUGAUGCAAAAGGAUCAGUUACAGACACUUGAGGAAGCUAAGGAUGUAUUAAAGAAAGCCGGUGUGGGUGAUGAUGAAAUGGAGGCACUGGAGAGGCGGUUGCUACCACCCAGUGGCGGCGGUGAACUGGCGGUGAAAGAGAGCGGCGGCAGAAAAAGAGUAGGUUUCGUGAGUGCUGGUACUCAACAGAAGGAUGGAGGAGAAGACGAGACAGGAAAUCGGGAGGAGAUUGAGCUUCCGGAUGAUGAAUCUGAUGAUGAUGAUGAAGAUAAUCCGACGGUCGAGAUUGCUCAGAAGGAAAUCCCGUCGGCUGUUUUCGGGGGAUUAGCAAGGAAAAGAGAUGAAUUGGAGAAAGAUGCUGAAGAGAACAAAGACAGUGAUGAACAACUUGGUGCACUGGAGAGGAUCAAAAGAAUGAGGCGUGCAAAAGAAUGAGGUUUUUACCAUUUUAGCCCUCUCUUAUUACACUAUUAUUUAAUAUUUUAUUUUCUUGUAAUGAAAGAGAGAUUUUGAUGGAGCUUUUUUGUA